AUGGCAUCCUCAUCUACAGGUAUGUAUGUAUCUGUAGAUUUUCAUUACAAUGGAUUCUUUUCGCCAAACCCAUUGGUGUACUUAGACCCCGUAAAAACAAAUGUACGUGAUGUGGAUUUUGGGGGAUUUACGUAUAAAGAGUUUCUUUUGUGGCUUACGAAAUUAACCAAUGGAGCCUGUGAUAAUGUCUACUACUGUAUGAGAAAGGAAAGCUUGUGUGAGGGUAUUAGAAGAAUCGCAUGUGAUGCUGAUUAUUGGGAGUUUGUGGAAACUGUUUAUAGUCUGGAGAGUGAUAGUCUUCAGAGUGAGUUAGAUGUGUACAUUGACCACCGAAAUGAACCAAUUCUUGAUUGGGCUGAUAACGAGUUAUUAGCAGAUGGUAAAGGGUAUCAGUCGGAUUAUAUGGAUGAAGAGGAUGACAAGGAUUCUGAAGUUUCAAUGGCAAUGGAAUAUGAACAUGAAUGGGAUGAUGAAGAGGAACAUACUUUUGAUAAAACUGUUGGAGACCCAUUCUUGGACAAACUUUUAGGGCAUAUUAGUGAUGAUGAUGAAGAGGAAGCAAACAAUGGGAAGCUUAAGGAUGUUGUGUUCCCUGUCCAUAAUGAGAAUCAAGAAUGGGAGCAAAUGGUGCCAGUUUUGGAGGUCAGAGAAAUUGUGGAUGAUCUAUGUUCUUUGAGCCUUGGAUUAAUGAUGAAGAUGGUAACAAAGAAAGUGGAGAAAUAUGAGAUUGGCCGAACAAUUGGUGAAGGCACAUUUACAGAGGUCAAGUUUGCAAAAAACAGACUGGUGAGGCUGUUGCUGUUAAGGUUCUGGCUAAAAGCACAAAACUGGAGCAUUAAAUGGUGGAUCAGGUUCACAAACAAAAGCUUGAAAUACCCACACGCUGCUAAUGGAGCAUUGCUGUCAUCAGUUCCAGUCCUCUACUUUUUAGGCCUCAUUCCUGAAAAAGGAUGUUCUUCCGUUGUAUCAAAAAAUAUUAAUGUUCUGCAAGAACGAACAAAGUUAAAAGUUCAAGUGUUGCAAGGCAAUGGUUGUGAUGAGCUGUUGAAGAUAAUGGACUAUCCUUCCCUGCCUCAUUUCUGCAGAAGAUCAGGGUCAGACACUACUCAUUAG